AUGUUGCUUCGCUGUUGGUUUGUGAUUUAUUUAUUUUUGUUAGGUUUAUGAAAGUUGUAUGUGUAAUUAAUUGAAAUAAGCUAUGCCAUGAGCUGUGUGAACGACGCUGUGGAAGCGGAGUGGGGGAUCCGUCCCCUUUUGUCGUGUGUACACGCUGCCUGGUCUCACGUCAAACUGCUGAUUAGUGAAGCAGCGCGCAGCAGUAACAGCUUGUGUGAGGUGGCCAGUGCGAUUAGAAGGUCGCUGCGCCGCGGAGGAAAAGCAUCUUUUUGUCUUCCUAUCAUUCGCUGCCUCCAUCUUUCUGCACAUACAGCUCCGGUCGUCGUAGAUGUGCUCUUACACGCCGUGUGACGCCCCACGGCAGCGAACAGCGCGCUCCAGCUUCCUCGCAUGUGUUUUGUCGGCCGAUGUACCCCCCCUCCUUCCUCCUUCUUUUCAUUCUACUCUGGUCGCCGUGCUGGAUUGUUCCCCCUCUAACAAAGCCCGAUCGUAGUCUGCCUUCAGACAGCUGCUCUCCCGACCAGGUGGCCCCGGGUUGCAUGGUGGUGCUUGGCUGCUUCAGCGGUUCAACAAAUGCAGAAAAGGGAGAAAAGUUUCGGUAUACAAAUGCUCUCCGUUCAGCCGGACACCAAGCCAAAAGGCUGUGCCGGCUGCAACCGGAAGAUCAAGGACCGCUACCUGCUGAAGGCCCUCGAUAAGUAUUGGCACGAGGACUGUCUUAAGUGUGCUUGCUGUGACUGCAGGUUGGGCGAGGUGGGCUCCACACUCUACACAAAAGCCAACCUCAUCUUGUGCCGAAGAGACUACCUACGGUUGUUUGGUGUAACAGGGAACUGCGCAGCUUGCAGCAAACUCAUCCCAGCCUUUGAGAUGGUUAUGAGGGCCAAGGAGAACGUCUACCACCUGGACUGCUUUGCAUGCCAGCUCUGCAAUCAGAGGUUUUGUGUGGGAGACAAAUUUUUCCUGAAGAACAACAUGAUCCUGUGCCAGACAGACUAUGAGGAGGGGCUGAUGAAGGAGGGCUAUGCUCCCCAGGUCCGCUGACACCUGUACACCAACAAGGAGGAGGAGGAGGAAGAGCAGGACUAGGAGAAAGAGAGACUGAAGGAGAACUUGUAAUCACACAACCAAAAGCACUAUUGCCUCCUGUCCAGCUCCCAUCCCCUGCAUGUACAUAUCUACAUAAACGUCCCUGGGAGGACACACACUGCUGCACAGAAUAGCCAUAGAGACAUCAGUGUGGCAGGGAAAGGCUGUGGAAGCCUACAGCAAACUACAAGUAUGAAAACAAUAGUAUGUUCAUUUCUUUGUUUGUGACUUGUGGAUGCUGCCUUUUUCCUCCUCCCCAACAAACGCCUGCAUCAGAGCAAUUUCUAACCAACAGCAGAUCCUGGAUAUUGGAGGAAAAAAAAAUUAACCCAACUAAAAGCAAUCUUGUCUUACCUGACAGGAAAGACAGUGUUUACUGUGUCUGAUUGCACAGUCCAACAACUUCUACUUGAAUCUAAAAUACAUUGACGUAUGGUCAAUCAAUGUACUUUUGGGGAAAGACCGUUUUUACUGUAUGAUAUUAGAUUAAAAACACAGUGAAUGUAACUCAAGAGUGGGGUGUAUGUGUAUGUGUGGGAGGGGGUGUGUCUGUCUAUCUGCAUGUAGAUUCCUCUUCAGGUUGAGACCUACAGUCUCUCAGUGUCACAAGGCAUAGCCCAUAUAGUUAUUUCAUAAUCUUAAUAUUCUAAAAUUGAUCACUGGAGUAACAUGUUUCCAAAUCACACAUCUGCAUUGCCAGGCAAAGAGUAAGAGUUCAUGAAAUAAUUAGUGCUUUUCUCUUGAUGGGUGAAAUCUCUCACACACUUAAUAUUUGCGACCAUUAAAAAGGUCACUGAACCAUUGUGCUGUUGACCAUUGAAGACUAGUGUCACACAGAUCUUCAGUCCGAAAUGGCAUGGUAAGCAAGAGUAAGUAAAAGUGUGAUUAAGUUUUGAAUGUCAAUGAAAACAUGUAUGUGGUCAAAGUAAAGAACUUCUGAAUAUGUUGUAUGUAACUGUCAGAAUUUGUCUAUACAUGAACAAGUGAUAAAAUGAUGACAGAAUAGGCCACAGAGAAUCUGUGCCUUUUAGUCUCUUGCCUGCUCAGCACCAAACGUCAAUCAGACUUAGCAAGUAGUUGGUAAAGAAAGCAUUUAGCAGCAAAAGAGACAGUAUUUUUAACAGGAGUUGGUGGAGACCAAACCUGAGCUAAAAGGAGAGUGACUAUUUGACUUCCAUUCAUCAGGUGGACUCAUGAUUCCAAUGAAAUGCUUAUAUUUCUGUGUGUUUGCUGGAUGCUUCAACUUUUUGCUCAAACAUUAUGCAACAACUUUGGAUAUGUCACAUGUUAUGUUUUCAGCUUGUACUACUGCCCCCAAAGGUUAUGGACCAGACAAUGCCUGGACAAAAACUCUUGGGUGUGAGAAACUGUCUUUCAUGAGGUGACACAAGAUAGUUCUGUUUCUUAAAUGCAUUCCUUUCAGCAGUGUUUCAUCUGUGACUCCAGGCUCAUUCUUUUGAAUAUUUUUUCCCCUUUUUUUAUUUACUAGAGACAGUUUAUUUAUUAAAACCUUGCUUUCACACUGGUCGAACUGGUCAAACUUUGUGGGGAAAUGUGUGUGGAGGCAGGUUGUUGUAGAUGUGUGUGGGGAGGGAUAAAGAUGGGUUAAGAUGGUGGGGGUUGGUUAGUUUUUGUACACUAUUUAUUUUAUAACCAUUCAUUGUUCAUCUGUUGUCCAAAUUUUGGCAUAGUUUGGGAUGCUGAUACUUGAAUCCAAUCAAAGAUUUCUCAAUUACCAUUUGGCCUAUGUUAAAGAUGGCUGUGUAUGGUUCUGUUAACUGCACUCUUCAACAAGUCAGUCAACAUAAGACCCGGUCAUCUCGGUCACAGUGGUCCCUGUUGAUGAGGAGCUACACCAUUUCUGAUGAGAAGAAAACAAAUCUUCAAUCUAAGUAUUAAAUAUCAGCAACUAAACUUGUGCAACAAUGCUAAGCAACAUUUCUUAGUUGGAAAAGAUAAAAAAACACAAUUUGUAAAUUGUAGUUGUACAUAAAAGAAAUAUUCAUUCUUGCCUGUUAUUGUACCAUGAUUUCUUUUUAUGUAUCAUCGAGCAUGAGAUGUUUAUUUUUAGGACAACGCUUGUAAAUACUGUAAUUGUAAUAAUUUUAAGCACAAAUGUAAUACAUUUUUAUUGUGUUACUAGUGGAUGUGGUGUCUUUU